GCACUUCUUGGGGGCUGGGAUGGCUCUGGGAUAAAUUAUGCUCCCUCGCUCUAGAUUUUGUGUCACUCGUGAUUUGAUUCAUUCGGUCUGGCUCGACUAUGCAAACAGGAAGCAAGUUGUUGUUACUGUCUCUGGUUGUUAAUUGGAGCUCAUUAACAAGGGACAGUUAUCGCCAACAUAAAGCAAGAGAAGCAGCAUAACUAACGAUGUUACGAUUGCUUUUGCCUAAUCGUUUUUGUGCCAAAUGUGCCCUACUAACAGCGCGCGGGCUUCCUUUGUUGACACCGCGAGCAGGAGCGCGAGUCCAGCCGCCACAGUCAGAUAAACUGAGUGUUUUUAUUCAACAGCAAAGGCGACACGUCGGAGGGUCAAACACAGCGUUUUUUAAAUACAGGUCAAAGUCCAGGAUUUGGCUAUGUGGAGUUGGUGUGGGGAUUGCUCUAGCUGUCGCUUUGAAAUACCGCGCUGACACAGCCAACAGUUCCUGUGAUGAUAAAGUAAAAGAAGCACAGAGGGCUGAUCGAUACAGCCAUGCCAUAACAGUUAGCAGGGACCUUGUGGAGCGGAUACAGGUAAGCAUAGAGGCUGAGGUCGGGGCUCCAGGUCUGGUGGUUGGGGUCUCUGUGGAUGGUGCUGAAGUCUGGAGUGAAGGGAUCGGUUAUGCUGAUUUGGAGAAUCGUGUGCCAUGCAGCCCAGAAACAGUGAUGCGAAUCGCCAGCAUCAGUAAGCCCCUCACAUCUGCAGCUGCUGCACGACUGUGUGAGGAAGGGAAACUAGAACUUGAUGUCCCUGUCCAGAAAUAUGUGCCAGAAUUCCCCCAGAAGCAAUUUAAUGGACAGGAUGUCACAAUAACCCCCCGUAUGCUUCUGUCCCACCUGAGUGGUAUACGGCAUUAUGAGAAGGAUCCAAAGAAAGUGAAGGAGGACAAGGAGAAAGCUAAGCGUCUUAUGAAGCCAGAAAAGAAAAAGGAUGAAAAGAGCUCAUUCGAAAACAAAGAUAAACCCACAACAGAACAGAACACCAAGGGCAAAGAAGCCACUCAGGCUCAGAAGAAAAAAGAGUUUGAGCACGAGGAAUACUACUUGAAGGACAACUUUGAAAACGUCACUCAGGCCUUGGACCUUUUCAAGGAUGACCCACUCAUUUUCAAACCUGGCACCACUUUUCUGUACUCCACCCACGCCUUUACCCUGCUUAGUGCUGCUGUGGAGCGAGCUGCUGGACAGUGCUUCCUGGAUGUCAUGAUGAACAUGUUCCGUGAACUGGGAAUGCUAAAUACUGUGCCUGAUGAGAAUGACCCUAUUAUUUACCACCGCUCCAGAUUUUAUCAUCUCAACAAGAGAGGACGUGUUGUGAACUGCCCAUACGUAGACAACUCCUACAAGUGGGCAGGAGGCGGCUUCCUUUCCACUGUGGGUGACCUGCUGCUGUUCGGUAACGCUCUCCUCUACAGCUACCAGGUGGCCCACCUUAAGGACACCGAAAACUUGCUCCCUGGCUUCCUCAAACCCCAAACUGCCAUUGUUCUGUGGGCACCAGUUGACAGAACAGAGGCCAGCUGGGAUAAGGAUGGACUGUAUGCCCAAGGCUGGCUGGUAGUGGAGAAACUACAGAAAUAUGGCCAGUGCAGGAAGCACAGACACUACGUGUCACACACAGGAGGCGCUGUGGGAGCUAGCAGUGUCCUCCUGGUGUUACCCAGUGUGGACAUAGAGGAGUGCCAAGGACAGACCCCCCUCCUCCCACAGGGGGUAGUGGUCACCAUCAUCACUAAUAUGCAGUCUGUGGGACUCAACAGCACAGCACUGAAAAUUGCGCAUGUGUUUGACAAAGCCAGAAGGCUGUAAGAGUAAGUUGUUUACAGAAAUGCGUGAGUUUAUAUUUUACUAUGAAGUAUUUCAGAAAAACCUUGUAUGAAAUUUUUAUAACACUAUUACAUAAGUCCAUAUGAUGUUUUAGGAAAUUAAAUAAAUCCUCAACAUGUAUUUAAAGUAGCAAAGUAAACUCGACUUACUUUCCAUUACAACACUUGGCAGGAAAGCCACUAGGUGGAAGCAAUUUACUACAUUUCUAACAAACAGAAGGCACUGAACUUUGGUAUCAGUUUGUUGGCUUAAUACAGAGGGUUGUGCCUCUCUACCUUCUCAAUGCUAACACAACAAUAUUUUAAUAUAUGUACUUAUGCAUUUGAGAGAGAAAAGAAAUUUCAUACACAAUGGAAUUAGGUUGUUGCUAUUUUAAGCAACAUGGUACACCUCAAAAGUCACUUUAAGGCCCACCCUGAACAGAUAUUUCCUCAUAGCAACAUGACAUGACACGUAUGCUGUACAGAUUGUAAAGCCUCUUAAGGCAAAUUUGUGAUUUGGGAUAUUGGACUAUAUAAAUAAAAUUGACUUGACAUGC